GCAAAGACUUCACGUGUCAAAAAAUGAGAAACGUUGCAGUCCGCACGCAGACAGGUACUAUUUAAGGGUUAUUUACAAGCAGAGGGUGGAAAGUGUGAUCCGCCAAUAAAGUAAAGAAGAAGAAGAAGAGGGUGGAAAGACUCCGAGCUUACACCAUAACACAAGUUUAACACCUCUGCACGUGCGUGGUUGUGACCUAGCGACAUUCGAGCACGUGUAUAAUUUAACCAAAACGAAAGGCUCAUUCCUCUUGUCACCUGCAGUGGGAGGGGCCGGCAGAGGUAGCUGAGCUGUGAUUGGCUGAGCAGGGAGGAGGCUUCUGUGACAUUGUGAUGCUGUGCAGAUGCUCGGCAGCAGCGGUAGUCUAGAAAGACAGGCUAGCGGCAUCCUCUCUCUCUCUCUCUCCCUCUUUCUCUCCCUCCCCCCUCUAUUUCAUCUCUCUCUUUUUCUCUCUCCUUUCCCUUCACACACAGGCACGCACACACACGCGUACUCCGUCACACUGCAGCAGAAGGCAGAGAAAACACCGUAAAGCUGUAAGGUAGGAUCAGGCCUCUCUUCUUCCCAUCUUGCUCCUCAUCUCUCCUGUGGAAGACAGCCCAUCUAUCUCCUCCGCCACCUUUUGCUCUCCUUCAAGGACUACCGCACCCAGGAGCAUCUACCGUCUGUACGCUUGGAAAGGACUGCAGCACGACCGAUCUACAGAUCACUCAUACACCACAUCGAACGACCAUCCUUCUUUUUUUCUUCUGCAUUUCUUGUUGCCAGGCAGUGUUGGCUUGACUAAGCAUCAGACCAUAAGGACGCGUGCUUAAACGCAUGUGCAUGCGUGCGUACAUGACACGGUCCUUUUCUCCAGCUGACUGAGCACACGCUCGAACGCCGGGAGUCUGUGUUUUUACACCCCAGCUGUCAUUUUCUCCUCUCAGUUUCCCCGCCAUCAUUCAGAUCCUCGUCGCUUGCAUCUUCUCUUCCUCCUGACAAAGGUGGACAGUAUCCCAAGAUGCCGUGCGGCAGGCCACUUUGCUAGGCCGCAGCAGCAUGGGCAAAGUACCGGGGGGGUGGGACAGUACGGAUUGGAAGGCUCUGCUCCAGACGGGCGCGCUUACGCACUCCGCCGCUUCAGAUGGGUGAGGACGGCGAGAGCCCCAAACUCAAUCACAGCUUCCUCCGAGACUAUGUCACAGAAGCUGAUGUCAUUUCUACAGUGGAGUUUAACCAGACGGGGGAUCUGCUGGCUACGGGGGAUAAGGGGGGAAGAGUGGUCAUCUUCCAGAGAGAGACGGAGUCUAAAAGUGAAUCUGAGGACCUGGGUGAAUCGGGCGAAUACAACGUCUACAGUACGUUCCAGAGUCACGAACCAGACUUUGACUAUCUGAAGAGUUUAGAAAUUGAAGAGAAGAUCAACAAGAUCCGAUGGCUGCCACAUCAAAACGCUGCUCAUUUUCUUCUCUCAACCAAUGAUAAAACAAUAAAGCUAUGGAAGGUGAGCGAGAGAGACAAGCGGCCAGAGGGCUACAAUCUGAAGGACGAAGAAGGACGAAUAAAGGACAUCUCCACCGUCACCUCAUUACGGGUGCCAGUCCUAAAGCCCACUGACCUGAUGGUCGAGGUGAGACCCAGGAGAAUAUUUGCCAACGGCCACACCUACCACGUUAAUUCCAUCUCAGUCAACAGCGACGGCGAGACGUAUCUGUCUGCAGAUGAUCUCAGGAUCAACAUGUGGCACCUGGAUAUCACAGAUCGAAGUUUCAACAUUGUGGACAUUAAGCCAGCCAAUAUGGAGGACCUGACUGAGGUGAUAACAGCAGCAGAGUUUCACCCGCAUCACUGCCACCUCUUCGUGUACAGCAGCAGUAAGGGGACACUACGCCUGUGUGACAUGAGAGAGUCUGCACUCUGUGACAAGCACUCCAAAAUCUUUGAGGAGCCAGAGGACCCAGGCAAUCGCUCUUUCUUCUCCGAGAUCAUCUCAUCGGUUUCUGAUGUUAAGUUCAGUCACAGUGGACGAUAUCUACUAACUAGAGACUACUUGACUGUCAAGGUGUGGGACCUUAACAUGGAGAAGGGCCCGGUGGAGACCUACCAGGUUCACGAGUACCUAAGGAGUAAACUGUGCUCGCUGUAUGAAAACGAUUGCAUUUUUGACAAGUUUGAGUGCGUCUGGAACAGCACAGACAGUGUAAUCAUGACAGGAGCGUACAAUAGUUUUUUCCGGAUGUUUGAUCGUGAAACUGGUCGUGGCGUGACCCUGGAGGCGUGGCGCGAGAGCAGUAAACCGCGAGCCGUGCUGCGGACUCGCCGCGUUUACACCGGCGGGCGGCGACGUCGGGGGGAUGUGGGCGUGGACAGUCUGGACUUCACUAAAAAGAUUCUGCACAUGGCCUGGCACCCGGAGGAAAACAUCAUCGCCAUUGCAGCCACUAACAACCUCUACAUCUUUCAGGACAGGGUCAAUGCAGAAAACCUGUGACAGAAGACAUAAUGGGGUCGUAACAGGGCCACAAACAUGCAUUCAAAACCACAAUACACACAUUUAUGCACUCAAAUGUAUCAUUCAUUACACACAUCAUUGGCCCUGUGAGGAUGGACUGAGUUACCAGACCCCUUUUCAGAUUUACUGCGGUUAUUCUUUUCCAUCAGAAAAGAAACGUUUAUGUAUAGCCAAUGACUUUAUUUAACAACUUUACGGUAAAUUACGCCGCUAAGAAUGUUGCGAGCAAAAUUACUGUACAGUAUGGACUCCUUUGAUAUGUGAUGGAUGGUGUUGUCAGCCAAUCCCAGAAUGUGCUGAUCUGUGACUGACAGCUAACAGGGAUAAGGGGUGGCACCACUGGGCAGAAGACCAGGAAUGAGCUCUGGUUCUCCUUGCCAGGUUACCAUGGAUAUAGUUUACUCGGUUGUCAUGGUAACAAGGGUGCUCCGAGCAGUCUUCCUAUCACAUGCUUCCCAAAAACCUAUCCCACAAUGCAUCUGCUACACGAGCACUCACAUUUUUCUUCACGUUGAAAUUAAUUGAUCCUUUGUGGUGACGUGGAUGCCUAUUAUUCCCAUCGGGAACUUUAAAUUCCAGCGCUUGUUACAUAGAUCUGACGGAAACACUACUUCAUCCGAUCACUGUCUUAACUGGGUUACACCUCACGAUGGAUUACAUUUACACCUGUGUGGUAAGAUGAAAUUGACCAAUGUCUAAAUCGUAAGAAGUGAAUUGUGGCUAAUGUUUUUUUUAUGUUUUGGAAAAGAUAGAGAAGUGUAUACUGAAGCAGGUCACACUUGCACAUUAACACAGUAAAGCACUGAUAUUUUAUGAUUGUACCCCAAAAUAUUAUCAGCGUUGCCAGGUCAGCCGCCUUUCGGACGAGUUCUGAAUUGGUCUAUUUUUAAACUGUUUCUGCAGGUUGAUGUUUUUUGCAAGUUAUAGAUGAAAGGAUUUUGUUCAUUAGUUGUUGGUAUUUGGGCUCUGAAUAGUCAUUGGGCUGCUUUUAGACAAAUUUUGAAUGGAUAUUGGGCUGGUUUUGAUACGUGGAUCUGGCAACCCUGAAUACUGUUGAAGUAACACUGUGUCCUAACCAGACAUAUGUCGUGGUAUAAUCCCAGCGAUACGCCAUUAGUCUGUCUCGGGUGUGCUUCAUACAUCUUGAAAAGUGAAGCUGCUGGCUCUUUGGUCGCGCCCUGGUGGCUGGCUGCAAGUCAUAAACCCCGCCCUCUCCAUGCAAACGAAUGGGACUCGGUCAAAGAAAUUACACUUCCAAUAAAAUUUUCUGAAAGAUGGUUUUGGUCCUUUAAGGUAGUUGUUCAUUUUUGUGAUAAGUCUUAGCUAGUAAUUUGAUGCUAUAGAAAUGGGGCGUGUCGUUAUGAUUGACAUUUGUGAUUGACAGCUUCUCUGAGCGGACCCUUGGAGCUUCGAGGGAAGAUUGAAGAUAUAACAAACUAUUAAUUUUCAAUUUAUUUUACACGGACAAAAUGAGUUGUAUUUAACUUACCUUUUUUAGCAAGACAGUCAAAUGAGACGUUCAAGGGGCGUGGUUGAAUUGGGUGCACAAGCGUUUUGGCGGAAAUUUGAUACAGCGGCUCCACCUCUGGGGACCAUGGACGAUUUCUUCUGCGUAUGUCCUGGCUCAUGUCAGCGGCCAUCGUCAGACAUUUUAUGUUCAGUUCAUUACAAUGUAAGGAAGGGGCGUUGCGUCGUCCAUCUUUUUUUACAGUCUGUGGUCUGUCCACACUAAACGCAAAUUAGGGGCGUGGCACAACACAAUCAAUCACAAAAAAUAUACAAUAGCAAAGAUUCUGUGAUCU